UGCGUAUAACCACAAAGGAGCUGCUCGAGGCACACUGUGCCAUGAAGGAUCCCCCAGGUGCUGGCUUCUAGCCAAGCAGCACUAGAAGAAACAGCAAAGCGAGCCCAGCAACAGCCACAACCCACCCCCAGGACAUGACAGCUGGCAUCAGACAAGGCUGGGUGUCGCGCUCACUUUUCCUCCACACUCUUGCCAAAAAGCAGCCAACACCACUGGGCAUCGCGUGUGGCGUUACUGACAUUCUGCUUGGGACACAGAGGCAGUGACUGCCCAGCCGUGGGGCUGAAGGGGCCUCUCUGCUCUCCAGUGAAUCUCCGCGGGGCUGGGAGCCUCGCUGCAGCCCAGAGCCUGCACCCCAGCAGCAGGAGCACGCUUUCACCCAAGACUGACCGCAGAGCCCAGUGUGUCACAAUGCAAACGCCACCGUCCCACUCCCACGGGCAUUUCUACGUCUGUAGUGAUGCUCCUGCAUCCGUUGCUAAUCCAUUAUUCAGAGGGUGCCAGACCAAACAGCGGCAGCCACUCCCAGCCCUGCAGUGUUUGAGGAUGGCAGCAUUUCCCCAGGGAAUGUGCAGCACCCACCGCGCAGCCAGGAGGGCUUCACCAGCCAAGAGCGCACAGCUUGAUCCUGCUUAUAAAGGGGGGCAGGGAGGUGUGACGUUUGCUCAGGACCCCCCAGAAGGGCAGAACUCUGCCUGUUUUGGGGCAGACAGGAGGCCGGGAGGGAGCCUGGGACAUGGACACACGGGGCAUGCGCUGACACCACCUCAGCCCUGGCUGAUGUCACAGUUCCCUCUGCAACAUCACAAAUUGUUGGGUAUUCUGCCCAAGCCUGCUCAGUGGGAAGCCAAGCUCCCUUUCCCAAGGAGGGCUGUGCAGGAGGCCACAGGCAGGUGGGAUGGGAUCUUCCCAGGAUGAGGACUCUCUGGGGACAGGGACUUGCUCCCCAAUAUCUUCCCUGCAUGAAUGCCACCAGGAUGAGCUGGGGCUGAGGUCUGUAAGCAGCUUCUCUUCCACCACCAUCAGCUCCUUCUUGAGUGAGGACCUGGGGCUGAGAAAAGGACCAGUCGUGAUCGAUAUGGGCACAAGGAGCUGCAGAGCAGGAUUUUCUGGACAUCAGACACCCAGUGCCGAAAUCAGCACCCUGGUGAGCCACACCACGGUGUGGUCCGAGGGCCUGGAAGAAACCAGAUCUGAGGCUUUUACUGGGGAGGAAGCCUUGCUUUACCCAGACACUGAAAUCAUUGAGGUGAUGCAGAAUGGCAUCAUCAUCAACUGGGAGGCAGCUGAAACCCUGUGGCAGCACAUGUUCGAGCACAAGCUUGGGGUGCCCCCUGAGGAGCAUGCGCUGCUCAUCACGGAGCCCCCACUCAGCCCCACCCGUGGACGGGAAAACGUGGCAGAGGUGGCCUUUGAGUCACUGGGCUCCCCUGGCAUCUUCAUGGCCCCUCAGCCCGUCCUUUCCACCUAUGCCCAUGGCAGAACCAGCGCCUUGGUGGUGGACAUCGGCCACGUCGUCACCCACGCUGUGCCAGUCCACGAUGGGAACUGCUUGGCUUAUGCCACCAAGAGGACGGACGUGGCAGGGUCAUGCCUCACCUGGUACCUGACAAUGCUUCUGGGGGACAUGGAGCACACUCUUGGCGAUUGGGUGUCCCCCGUGGUGGAAGACGUCAAGCAUACAUGCUGCUAUGUCACUUUCGACCCCGGUAAUGAGUGCCUCCUCCCACCCACCAGCUGCACUCUGGAUUUUACCCUGCCCGAUGGCCAGACCAUCAGCCUCGGCAAGGAGAGGUUUCAGUGCCCAGAGGUGCUCUUCAACCCCCUACCGACUUGGGGGGAUUCCUACAUGGGCAUCCACGAGAUGGCCCAGAGAAGCCUCGACCUGCUUCCGGAGGACAUCAGGUCAGUGAUGCACAGAAACAUCCUCCUGUGUGGAGGGUCCUCGCUGUUUGAGGGGCUGCCAAGGAGGCUUGGCAGUGAGCUGGCUCAGUGCCUACCCCCCGGCACUGAGGUGGAGGUGGUGGCUGUGCCGGGACGGAGGCACGCGGCCUGGAUGGGGGGCUCUGUCCUUGCCUCCCUCACGAACUUCCAGUCGUGCUGGAUCCGCAGGGACGAGUACUACGAAGAGGGGCCAUGCAUCGUCCACCAGAAGUGCUUCUGAGGCAAUGCCCCAUGCCGGGCAAUGAGCAUUUGCUUGAUUUUCUCACUGCUACAGGCCAUGCAGCAGGAAACAGUAAUAAAAUAUUUUAUUCUA